CUGACACCACGCUUCGCAGUUACGACGACAACCUGUCAGCUGUGUCAGCUCCGUUGGCAUUGCGUCAAUGUAAAAGAGCUAUUUUAAUUUCGAAUUUCGCACAAUCCUGAUGUACUCUAUCAGGCAUUUGCGUCACACCACGACUUUGUACUGUCAUUUCUGCGAUACAGAUCGAAAUUUUUGGGUCAACUGCAAUUGAUCACGAAGAUGGGUGAUAUAAAAUAUUACGGAAAGCGGAGAAGCAUUGUAAGAAGGAUCGGUUCGUUUUUACCACUAAAGCCACCACCAAAAAUAUAUGUCAGUGUAACACCGUUGCACUCGAUGACAAGUUCAAUGAUUAAUGAAGAGACUAGUAGCAAUUACAUGGAUACAAAUGGAUAUGGUCCUGUGAGACUUUCUGGCAGCAGACCAGAUCUGUUGGAGCCAAUUAGUUUUGGAUCUGAAGUACGGUUGCUUGCACUGGAGCAAGAAUUGCAAGAGCUUAGGGAACAAAUUUCAACCAUUGUGAAAAUUAACAAAAUGUCCAAGCAUGCGUCUGUUGCAUCUCUGCCUGGAGCAGAUAGGAAGUCUUUGAUAGUGCCACCGCCACCUCCGCCUCCACUUCCACCGCCGACGACGCCACAUAUCGCGAGAAGAGCGAGUCUGCAAGAUCACAAGAUCGAGGAUCGCAAGAAGAUUCCACUGAGCUCGCAGAAAUCGACGGGCGAUAUGCUUAGGGAUAUUGAUAGUGUAAAAUUGAGGCCAAUUGCAAGAUCUCCAGGUGGACAUCCUAUACGAGUGAAACGCGAGAACAGUCCGUGCAACGAUUUGCAAGAGAUUCUGCGAAGACGCUACAUCGCGAUGCAGUCUCCCGACAGUAGAAAUUCAUCGAUUAACUUAGCAACGGACGAUUCAUUUUGAAUGCUGUGUGUAAAAAGAUACUCUCGGAAUAUUCUUAUUCUGUUUUACACGAAAUUCAGCACUUUUUGGCUACAAACAAAAAUGCGCUAUGAUGUAUAAGUAUGUAUGUUACUUUGUUACGUUGAAAUUCUCGAUUGCACUCUUCAUUAGCCUGAGCUCUAUUUCAAGAAGAUCUAAAACCAAAGAUUAUUUUGUCGCACCAUCGCUCAGCUAAAAUGUUUUCUUCGUAAUGAGGUCGUCAAAGUGUUUUUUCUGAUGCGUCAAAAGAUAGCCAUUUUAGCUCUUUUAUUAUUAAAAUGAUUAUUCUAGUUUUUAGUAGGUAAAGCUAUUGCGAUACAAUAAGCGUUUUUCUCAAUGGCUUUUCCUGCGCAAGAUGCAGCCAUAUAAACUUUAUAGUAUGUCCGAUAUAAAGAUAUUUUUGUGGUAAGAUAGAGCAAAACAAUUUUUGUUGCAAUUUACGUUAUAGAAGAAAAUUUUAGUUACACGCCGUGCGUAAGUAACAACAAGUAGAUUUAUAUGAUCUAAGUAAUUGAGAGAAAUGAAAAUUUGUAGCCUCGUGUAAACGCGCGCGCGUUUGUAAUUUACUAAAACACGAUGGUUUUA